AGAUCACAAUGAAAGUUUUCGUUCAGUGACUUCUUAGUAGCAGGUUUGGAAAUAGAACUUGAAUCUGCGAGUUAAUGUGUUUGAAAGCGAAAAUAGCAGCAUUAAAUACCUGUAACGGAUCGCAUCAAGAACACAAAAGGACAACUGAGGGUUCAUCUAUGUAUGUUUGUAUACAUUUGUGUGUUGGAAAACGGGGAAAGCCAAUCUGUUCAGAAUGCUCUAAAACCAUCGAAAAGACUGCUGUAGGGAUCAUUUAGAUCUACAACAGACAUUUGAAAGCAAUCCAUCGCUCUUUUCUUGCUCAUUUGCUUACAUUUGGUACCCCGAAAGAAUCCGUACUAGGCAUAAAAAAUGUGCAAACUCAAGGAUAUUUUCCAAUCUUGACUCUAAGAAGUAUUGUACAGUGGCGGGGGAUUCGGAAUUAAGCAUGAGCACUUAAAUCUAUUCUUCGAUUUAACUGAUCGAAACGGUUCAAUAACAUGGAAUAGAAUUACACUCUUUAGCUGCAAUCAACUGGUGCACAUUAGACUCGAGCGGGUUACUGCCAACAGCCAUCUGGUCGUUGAUCUCUCUAGAUGGACAAAAUUAGCAGGUUCCACCACUCUGAGAUUCGGGUAUUCCUUUGGGAACGGAAAUUAGAGGAGUGCCACAGCGGUAUGCGAAUGCUUUACAAUAUGAUAUGCGUCUAAAGGCGCUACCGAUUGGGGGGAAGAGAGGGUUCAAAUGAUAGGUAUACGUUAAGGCCACCCAUGAUUUUGGGCUUUAUAGAAUCUGCUGCUCUGUGUAAGCCAGAACGUUAGAAAUCCAACGAGGGGAUGCGGUAGAUAACAGAUAAAAGGUGAGACAUCAACUUUGAAGAUCAAAGGAGGGAAAAAUCUACUCUCAUUGAUACUCAAGGGGCCUCAACCCUGAGAUCAAGUGUGUGUGUGUGUGUGUGCGGAGGAACUUGUUUUAACGAAAAUAUGCGGCCGGAAAAAAUAACUCUACGCUUUUCUUAUUUUUAAAAUGAAUCCGUUUGAAUUUCAUUCCCCUUCUGCAAAUAAGGAGUAUUACUGCAGGAAAUGCCCAGAUUUAAAGUUUU